AUGCCCUCACUCACUCUAACAGACCCGGACAUGAUCCUGCCGUUCGACGGUGCACGACAAUCCCAAACUCCCUCCCCACCCCAACUCGCGUAUCUAUCGAACCUCAACUCCCGCCCACACGACAAUGCCCCCGCCAUCCCUCGACAGAAGAAAAAUUUUUCUCGCCAUGCCUGGACCCACGACGACGUGAACGUGAGCCGUCGCCUGUCGGAUAUCGGCGAGGAGCUGUCGCCCGCGAGGUCGGAAAGUUUCGACGACGCCAGUGGCCACGCGGAUCAGCAGGCGCAGACGCAGACGCAGGAGAAGGAUGAUCGGAGCAAGGACAAUGCAUACAGCAGCUCCAGCUUGACCGUUAGCGCGGGGAGCCGACGCGCAUCUGCAUCGAAAGAAGCCCCUGAGCACAACGAAGCGGACGUCUCAUCCGUGCAUCCGGAGGUCGCGAGAGCGCAGGCGAACGCCGUAGUCGGGGCUGGACCUGCUACCUUGCCUGCGAGCAGCGCCGUGGCGUCUGCAGCUGCAGAGGGCAAGGGGCCAGGAGAGGAGUUCACAUCCGCGAUAUUGAGCAGUGAGGCGGAGCGGAUUCUGGAAAACGCGAAGAAAAGACUGAAUCUUAUGGAAGGGAAUCUUACGCGCGCGAGAUCAACUACGCGUACAUCGUCUUCGCCCUCGCCCUCGCCUUCGAACGCGGGAUACAUACAACCUCUGGGCAAACAGCAGCCUGUUGGUGGCUUGUAUCGGUCGAUUUCGAAGACGGAUCCUAGGAACUCUUCGUUGAGACGACAGUCGCUCAUUGCUUCGCAGGAUACGACGAAUAAUCGACAUUCGAGGGUGCAUUCUGAGACGAAUAUUCCUUCUGAGUCGGCUUAUGCGAAUGAUCCUCAGCGCAUGUCGCGUUCGGUCAGUGCGAUGGGCGCUAGCAGUUAUUCGAGUCUUCAUACCGAUGACAGGUCGUUCCAGUAUGCGCCUACUCGGGCGUAUCUGACGCACCGAUCGUCUAUAUCAUCUAUCAAGCCUCCGAUUCGGGUGCAGGAGCAGGAGGAAGAGCCCCAGGGCCAGACGACGGAGUCUCCUGUCUCUACACCUGGAACUCCCAUGGACUCUCCUCAGGGCUUGGGAAUCUCAUCGGACGAAGAGGCAAAAUCCAGCCCGGAGAGCUUUAGCCCGGUCUACAGCUCGUUUGGGCCUCCUAGCCGCGCGCAGUCGCAGCUGCAAGUUCGCGACCUUCAAUACCAGAUGAAGGGUCUCCACAUCAAGAUCUCUUCGCUCAAGGUGAAGACCCAGGAGGACAAUCUUCGGCGGCGCAGCUUGCAAAGCUUGCGCACUCCUAGCCCGUUGACGGCAGCCGAUAACUGGUAUGCCAAUGGGCUAGAGCUGAGAGACGGCCAAGGCAGCCGGGGAUCUGAUCCCCAGCGUGACACCUCCCGUGGACCCGCUGCUAAAGAGCGGCGGGACUCAGAUGAAAAUAUUGCAGGCCCUACUCCCAAUCCCAGUGGUGCUCGGCAAGUGCAUCAAUCCAGUGAGUAUGACGACGCUCAAUCCAUGGACGAGAGCAUGUAUGAGGAUGCCGAGGAGGGUGACUAUGACGAGAUUGAUCGCGAAGCCUUGGAUGAGAUUCUACGAGAGCCGCUUGACGAGGAUCUGGAGAGCGACACGGAGGCAUUCCCUGACAUGCAGGACGCGACACCCCAUGAAAUGCGCGAGGACGCUUUUGACUACGAGCAUUUUAUCUUACACAGCGCGCUGGGUAACUACACCCAGCAACUGCGUCGCGUGAGCACCAGCUCGAAUGAAUCCGUCGAGACAACUAGGCCCACGUAUACCGCGCGACACUCGCGCACCAACAGCAACAUGUCCGACUCAACUGUGGCCACCUUUGCCACUGCAACCGAAGGCCGACCCGAAGAGGAGGAUGACAUUGACAGCGUGAUGUACUGGGACCGACGCUUCAAUCACGGUUCGUACCCAUCCCAACCUAGGACUUCAGCCUGCUUACCCUUCCAAUCAGAGCUACGACAUGGCCACUCCCACAGCCAUUCUCGCUCCCAAUCUAACUCACAACCCCCUGCCCAUGCCCACAGCCACCAACCCAGCCCUAUCCAGGAAGUCGAGGUUGAAGGAGACCGAUCUGCGACGCCUCGUGGGACACGCGGUCACGAAAACGGCGCCGCCACCCCUGUCAAUGGCACUUUGUCGCCUACCAAACCUAAUGGCCGCUCGUCGUCUGCCACUGCGGGCUCUGCAACGCCGACCUCUCUCGUUUCGUCCCUUGUGUCCACUGUGCGCGCCGCAUCCAGCACACCCACUGUCGGCGGUAUCAACGAGGAUGAUACCCAGAUGCUGGAGGCACUCUUCAGCAGCUUGGGCCGGGUGUGCACCGAUCUGCAGUCCAUCACAACCUCCCCCGACCCCGACGUCAAGGUUGUGCGUGUCCUUCGUCGGCGUCUCGAUGCGGCGCGAAGAGUGCUAGACGGCGAACUUGAUGCUUGA